CCAAGGCCUCCUAAGCUCACCAUCAUGACAAGAGGCCAACCUAUCGCCGUCCUCGACGCAGGGAACAUGGCGGUUAAUCAGUUGUUCAUUGUCUGGCCAUGCGCUCACUCGACUCUGACCUCUUAUAACCCAUUCUCGAUACGGUUUGAUUGAUUCUCUCUACUCUGUUCUAAUUCACUAGCCGUCUAUCCCUCCAUCCUUGAAUGAAUGACCCUAUCUGAACUGCUUCUCGAGUUCGUCUCCUCCUCCAGCCAGCGUCCUGUGGACUUGUUGUGUUUCUGUUUGUUUAUUUCGUGAUUCUCAAAUUGGUCAUCUAUCUCUUUUCAUUUCCCAUUGCGUGUCUGGAGCCCUUCUACCAUGGCGCAACAGUACCAGAAUCACGGAGGAUACUUUCCUCCGCCUCCCGACAGUAGUCAAUCAUUCCCUCCCCCACCAACACAACCUCAAUCCCAACCACAGUUCUUCCCGCCUCCUCCAAGUUCUCCUCCCAAUGGUGUAUCACCAUCGUUUCCCCCUCCUCCAGCACAAGCGACCCCACCGCCGCUACAACAGCCUACCGCCAAAAAGCCCUACAACUACAGCACGGUACCAGCAUCGGCGCCGGCGCACCGUACCACCUUUGACCACAAGGCUAUUGCCUCACAUUACCGCCAACCGUCAUACAAUGGAGAGCAGCAAGCGACGCCGGUGCCAGAAUACCAAGAAGAACCUGUGCAGCAGUCAACGGGAGUAACGUCGCCUCGGUUCGCCAAAUUCAAAGGCGACGCAAGCGCGAUUGUGGCUGAAGUUGGAAACAUGAUGAAAGGGCCGGACGAGAGGUCGACGAUUGUGGCCGGAGUGCCGCGAGCAGAACUAUUCCAAGGAGCACAAGCCACAUCAACGGCCGACGACGUAGGCACAUUCAACGGAGGUAGCUACCGUAUCUCACACCGCGAUACCAAUUCGGUGUUGACCAUUCAGCUGGCCGUUGGAUGUCCGUUGAUCGCCAGACCGGGCGCCAUGAUCGCCAUGUCGCCCUCGGUCAGCCUUCGCGGCGCCGUCAAGUUCUCCAUGAAGAAACUCUUCAUUGGUGACAUGACUCAUUCGACCUUUACAGGUCCCGGCGAGGUUCUGUUGGCCCCUAGCGCACUCGGCGACCUUAGCAUCCUCCGUCUAGGGGGUCAAGACACCUGGUUCGUCGGUCGCGACGCCUUCUUGUGCUCGACCCAGGGCAUUAUCAAGGAAUACAAGAACCAAGGUAUCAGUAAGGCCAUGUUCUCUGGCGAGGGUCUCUUUGUCUAUCGCAUGACCGGUCAGGGUCUCUUGUGGGUCAGCACUUUUGGCGCUAUUCUAAGGAAGGAUUUGAUUGACGGAGAAAAGUACAUCAUUGACAACAAUCAUCUGGUCGCCUGGAACUGCAAGUACAUUAUGGAACGUGUCGCCAGUGGUGGUAUUGUUUCCGGCUUCACGAGCGGUGAGGGUCUCGUGUGUAAGUUUACCGGUCCCGGCACGGUCUUCAUGCAGACCAGGAAUCCCAAUGCCUUCAAUGCAUACAUCACUGGUGCUAGCACCAGGGAUUUGUGAUGAAAAGGCUUGCUGGUUGCAGGUGAGAUUGACGAGCAUGGGGAUGGGGAUGAGGAUGGGAUAGUCCACACAUAUGGCGGCAUUGCAUGGAGGAGAUGCUCUGGUUUCAUUUGAGUUCAUAUGUUAUAGUCAUAUAUAUUUAUAUGUCAUAAUGAGGAAAUGAG